AUGUUCGGCAUCUUCCACGACGACGAUGAAGACGCCGACAACAACAACGACAAGUUCGAGACGUUAGAGCAGUGGCGUAUCGAGCGGGCUAGACUCGUCUGCUACGUCAAGGGCCAGGGCUCGUUACCAAGUCAUGUUACGAGAGUCUGGACGCUCCCGCCCAAAAGGAGGUUAUCAAUCAGCUCGCCAAUGUUCGUCGUCACCGGGCUCGGCAACGUCCGUGCUGGGCGCGACGAAUAUAAUGCGCCGCUCCAUUUAGGCGCCCCGCCUGUUCUGCAUGCUCAGAACGUCAAGCUGCAACACGGCGACUUCAUUCAGCGCGUGCUCGACCCGUAA